CCGAAGCGAUGGGGCGGGCUGGGCGCGGGGGAGCCCCGGGACUGCUGCUGCUGUUGGUGGCCCUGCCCACAGGGUGGGCAUCCACAAAGCUCUCCCCGCUCGUCGAGAGGGUCAGUGACCACAAGGAUUUUAAGAAACUUCUGCGGACCCGAAACAAUGUGCUGGUGCUGUUCUCCCUGUCCGCUUCCGCUGCCGAGACUGAACUGCGGCUGCUGUCGGACGUGGCCCAGACUGUGCGGGGGCAAGGCACCGUGGCCUGGAUCGACUGUGGAGAUGCGGAGAGUCGGAAGCUGUGCAAGAAGCUGCGUGUUGACCCCAAGCCAGCGGUCACACUGCUGCACUACAAGGACGGCACGCUGCACAGCGAGUACAACCGGCCUGUCACCUCCAAGUCCCUGGUGGCGUUUCUGAAGGACCCAGAUGGGCCCCCGCUCUGGGAGGAAGACCCUGAGGCCAAGGACGUUGUCCACCUGGGCAGCGAGAAGGAGCUCAGACGUCUCCUGAAGAAGGAAGCGCGGCCCGUCCUGGUGAUGUUCUACGCUCCAUGGUGUGGUGUGUGCAAGAGGAUGAUGCCGGCCUUCCAGCAGGCUGCAACAGAACUCCGGGGUGGCUACAUGCUGGCUGGGAUGAACAUCCACUCGCCCGAGUUUGAGCAGCUCAAGGAGGAGUUCAACGUGCGUGGUUACCCCACCGUCUGCUAUUUCGAGAAAGGGCGGUUCCUGCUUCAUUUCGAGAACUUCGGAGCCACAGCCAAGGACAUCGUGGACUGGAUGCGCAACCCCCAGCCGCCCCAACCCCCAGUCCCUGAGACCCCGUGGGCAGAAGAAGACAGUGCCGUCCACCACCUGACCGACCAGGAUUUCGACCAGUUCCUGAGGGACCACCCAUCUGUCCUCGUCAUGUUCCACGCACCUUGGUGCGGGCACUGCAAGAAGAUGAAGCCAGAGUUUGAGAAAGCAGCAGAAGAGCUCCAUGCCCAGGGGGAGAGCCCAGGUGUCCUGGCGGCUGUCGAUGCCACCGUCAACAAGGCUGUUUCCGAGCGUUUCCAUGUGUCCGGCUUCCCCACGGUGAAGUACUUUGAGAACGGCGAGGAGCGGUUCACGCUGCCACACCUGCGCACCAAGAAGAAGAUCAUGGACUGGCUGCGCAACCCCGAGGCCCCGCCACCACCGGAGCCCACCUGGGAGGAGAACCCAGGCAGCGUCGUCCACCUGGCGGGCACGGACUUCCGCGAGUCGCUGAAGAAGCGGAAGCACGCGCUGGUCAUGUUCUACGCGCCCUGGUGCCCUCACUGCAAGAGCGCCAUCCCUCACUUCACCGCUGCUGCUGACCUCUUCAAGGAUGAUCGGAAGAUCGCCUAUGCUGCGGUCGACUGUGCCAAAGAGCAGAACCAGGAUCUGUGCAAGCAGGAGGGGGUGGAUGGCUACCCCACCUUCAACUACUACAACUAUGGGAAGUUUGCUGAGAAGUACAAUGGAGAGCGGGUGGAGUCCGACUUUGCUGCUUUUAUUCGCUCCCUACGAGAGCGGGACCACGAAAAGCUGGGGAAGAAGAGAGAUGAGCUGUAGGCUGUGCCAAGGGGGUCUACCCAUGCCGUGACACUGUGAACGAUGCUGCUGUUCCUGCAUCCGCCCCCAUGCCCCAUGCCCCACCUCUCGCCGCUCUUCUCGCCACCUGGGGCCAUUUUCUACUAUUUGGAAUAAAGUUGAACCACUUGUUUUGUA